AUGGAUGACAGCAGAGAAAAAGAACGGGACAGGUCAAGGCGCGGUGACAGACCCUCUAGAUUCUCCGAUGCAAUUCGGGAUAGAUCCGGAGAUCGGAAUCAUCACUCUGAAGGAAAGAGAUUAUUUGUUUCUAACAUACCUUACGAGUUCCGAUGGACAGAGUUAAAAGAUUUGUUCAAAGACAAGGUUGGAGAUGUUGCUUAUGUAGAAUUAUAUCAUGAUGACAAUGGAAAGCCAAAAGGUUGUGGUGUUGUUGAAUUCAAUACUACAGAAGCCAUGAAAAAAGCAUUAUUUAUAAUGCAUAGAUAUGAAUUAAAUGGGAGGAAACUUGUUUUAAAAGAAGAAACUGGGAAUGAACGAAGCCGCUCUAAUAAUCCACGAUCGGGUGGUAGCAGUGGUGGAGGUGGCAGGAAUAAUCGUGAGGAUAAAGAAGGAUGGAACAUGAAUAAACCACGCCAACCGGAAAAUUUCAACACAUAUGGGUUAAGUCUGCAAUUCUUGGAGUCUAUUAAUGUCCAGCCUCCACUGAUGAAAAAAGUUUUUGUUGCAAAUCUUGACUACAAAGCAGAUAGACCAAAAAUCAAGGAGAUUUUCAAAAUGGCUGGAAAAGUUCGUAAUAUUGACUUGGCAGUUGAUAAAGAUGGCAACAGCAGAGGCUUUGCAGUCAUUGAAUAUGAUCAUCCUGUUGAAGCUGUUCAGGCUAUUUCAAUGUUUGACAAACAAAUGUUGUAUGAUCGAAGAAUGACAGUCCGUAUGGACAGGGGUUCAGAUAAAGUAGAAGUGAGGCUGCCUGAAGGUUUGAAGAAUAUUGGCCUAGGGCUUGGCCCUAACGGUGAACCUUUAAGGGAUGUUGCAAGGAAUCUACCACAGCCAACACCGACAAAUAAUUUAACAAAUCUAACAAAUGCAGGCACAAGUUUAGGGGCGAGUGUGUUGGGGGGUGUUCCAGCUGCCACGGUUGCCUUGAAUGGUUUGGGGCAAAGUCUCAAUGCAAAUACUUUGGGAAACAACUCAGGUCUUGGCGGAGGCUUGAGCUUACAGGCUCUCGGCUUAACAGGUCUUGGAGCACUUCAAAACCAGUUACUGCAGCAAGGUAUUACAGCUAAUGACCUUGUGAGCUCAGUGUUAACGCAAGCACAGGCGAAUGUUGGCUCAAACAAUUUGGGAAUGGGUGGACCUGAUCUCUCUGCAAAUGUUAUGGCCAACAAUCCAAUGUCAAAUAAUGUGCUUGGCCCAAAUAAUAACCUUGGCAGCGGUCCUCUGUCAGGAACCAAUAGACAGAUGCAACACAGUAAUGUUUCCAGUGGCCAGGGUUAUGGUAGAGAGAAUCCUAUACAAACAUCUUCUCGAGACAAGCAAUCUGACAUGGUCAUCAUCAGCAAUCUUCCACCAACAGUAACUUGGCAGUUAAUUCGUGAGAAAUUCAGUGAAUGUGGAGAAGUAAAGUUCGCGGAAAUGACGUCAUCAGAUACAGCGAUUGUACGAUUCCAUAAAGAGUGGGAUGCCGAGAGAGCUGUCAAAAUGUUUGACAGAACCAGAAUUGAUGGAAGGACUAUUGACGUGAGGUUCUUCUAA